AUGAACGUUGAAGAAGAGGUUCAGCGGCUCGGCCAAGAAAUCAAGAGGCUUGGCCAGGUCCAACAAGAUGGUUCUUACAAGGUAACAUUUGGAACACUAUUUAACGAUGAUGAAUGUGCAAAUAUAUUUGAAGCACUUGUUGGGACACUAAGAGCAGCGAAAAAGAGAAAAGUAGUGAAAUACGAAGGCGAGCUACUGCUGCAAGGAGUCCAUGAUAACGUGGAAAUCACUCUUAGUCCUGCCGCUGCUGCAGCAGAAACUUGA